CUGUCAGUGUGAUUGAACCUGUUGUACCUGCACAGGUGUGUUCCAGGAUCCACGCGCUCAGGGAGUCCACAGGAGUCUGUACUCUGUUUAAAGAACAAAAUCUAGAACUAUGACCCGACUCGGCCUCAACAAAUGGAUUGUGCACAGCGUCAUGGUGUCGGUGCCGACCAUCAUUUUCCUCACACUCAUCCUGCAGUAUUACAACAACCCGUUCAAAUCCGACUGGAAUCUUGCGUUACUUGAAAGCUUCAGUCAGAGCGCUGAGGCGGACGCCAAUGCCCCAGGUGGACCCUGCACCAUAAAGAGAGAAUGUCCUGACGACCACUUCAGCUUCUUCAUCCAGAGCGGAGCCGCCAACGUGUUCGGGCCCAAGAUCUGCAUCCAGAACGAGCUGGUUCUUGGAACCGUGCUGAACAACGCCGUCGCUGGACUAAACAUCGUUAUAGUGAACGGUAGAACAGGAGCCCUGACCAAAGCCGUGUCCUUCGACACGUACGGUGGAGCCAUCGAGCCGCUCAUCGAGUUCCUGAAGAACAUCGAUCAGGGUUCUGUGAUCAUGGUGGCGUCCUACGACGAGCCGUCCACAAAGUUAAAUGAAGAAGCUCGGACCCUGUUUGCUGAACUGGGAAGUUCGUCGAUUCACUCGCUGGGAUUCAGAGACAACUGGGUGUUCAUUGGUGGGAAAGGAGACACCAUGAAGAGCAAGUACGAGAAGUACAUGAAGAACGACGCGGCCACCAAUAAAUACGAACACUGGCCCGAGCUGAUCAACAUGGACGGAUGCCUCCCCAAAAACCUCAACUGAGCUGCUUCAAGCUC